AGAGGAUGGGUAGAACACUUCCCUAUGCUCACUAGAUAGGUCGCUGCCGACCACUGAUCUACAGUGAAGUGCUUGAUAACUUAAUGCCAGCCAAAGGGCCGUAAAAAACAAACGAGGCAGAAAUAAGAAACAAAACCAAAAAACAGUGCGACCUUGUCUUGUCUUCGCCAGACUUCUAGUUCCACCAUCCCAUCCAUCAAAGUCGGGGACUGUUAAGUCUUGGGAUUGCGAUUACACGCUAAACACAUUUGGAUACAACAUCUCCAUAAGCUCUAAGAUGCUGAAGCACGUGCAGAUCUCGCCUCUGAGGAACCGCUCCGAUUCGGUGUCCCUGCGCUCCUCCAGCCACGCCUCCUCGUGCGCCAGCUCCAUGUGCGGCAGUCCAGAGCCGCCGACGGACCUGCAGAGGACUCCCUCGAGGGCCUCCAGCUACUCCAGUCUCAACGAGCAGCUGCCACAGACCACAAUAAAGGUGUACACCAACUGCCUGAAGAUCGACAUCGAGUACAAGACCCUUGGAAUUCAGUGGGACACUACCAGCAAGGAGGUGAUUGGCCAGUUGCUAAGACGCCUGAAGAUGCGCCAUCGCGACCCCAAGCUGUUCUACCUCUCCAUGGAGGUGGCUGUGCGCCGGGCGGGGGUGAAGACCCUCCUGGUGCUGGACGACGACACCCGGCCGGCCAUCAUGCAGGCCUGUCAUCCCAAGGGCGAGUCCCGCUUCUGCCUCCAGCUGAAGCCAGGUGGCCUGAUCCGUGUCCACACCUCCGCCCUGCAGCCCAGUUCCCAGUACAAGUCGCUGGUCAUCAGCGAGGAGACGACCAGUGAUGAGCUGCUGCACCUGCUGCUCGGCUGCUACAGCUCACCGGAGCCCGUGGAAUGCUUCUCGCUGUACGAGGUGUGUCCGGGCCAGGAGUGCCAGAGGAAACUGCAUCCGGAUGACUUGCCGCUGCGAACCCAAAUGGAGCGGAUGAAGAGGGGGGAGAGCUGCCACUUCCUGGUGCGAAGGACACCCAACUAUGCCCGGCGUCGCCAGCUGUUGGCCAAUCUGAACGAGGCCAUUGACCAGGCUGCCAAGGAGGCGGCCGAGGAUGCCACUAGUCUGCUGGAGCUCUCCCUGGAAUCGGACCUAUCCUUGUCCGAGGAUCUGAGGAGCUGCAGCAGCAGUGAGGAUGCCGAGGAUGAGGACGAGUGUGCCAGCAGUUCCGGCUCCUCGGAUAAUUCCACCGAAUGUGCUCUGCGAAGGGACUUUUACACAGCUCCUGCUCCGGCUGCAGCUCCUACUGCCCCCCAGGUGGCCGUAUCCAUCUCACCCGCUCGAGCCUACAGCCCGGUGUACAACAUCCGUGAGAUACGCACCUCAUCGCACUCGUUCUCCUCGUUGGGAAAGGAUAAGAAGCUGUUGGAUAUCCACAUGAAUGCCCGUUUUGCAUCUGCAGGAGUCUACGGAAGAUUGAUGCCUGUGGCGGAAACGGAGACCACGACCCAUGACCUGAAUGGCAAUCCCAAUGCCAGUACCAAACUCACAGCAGAGGCAGUAAACAACAACCCGGCCAAGGGAUUGGGGCACUUUGUCUACCUGUAGCCAAUUCAGGAUUAGUCAGGAUGUCAUCUGUACAUAGGAGGGAGUUAGCCCCCAGGAUCCUCACAUAAGCCCCAAAAAAAAAGGAGAAAGUAGAAAACGUGUACCGUUUGGACCAAAGAUGCAUUUGUAGUUUAAGUCCUUAGAGUGGGAAAUGUAAAUAGAAAGUACCCAAUGUAUCCUAAGAUUAUUUUUAACCAUUAGUCUAGUUUUUCUUACGCUACGACACAUUUUGUAUCCCUAGUGUAAUGCAAAGAAACCAUCUGCUAACAAUCCCAAAUCACAGGAGUCUAUAGCUUAAGGCUUUAGUCCCGCAACUAAAGCUUCAAUAAGAGUAAGGAUCUGAAGAGCAUGUGGCUAACAUUCGUGUAUAAACCAAAAGAUAUUUUAAUAAUAAGGGCUAAUUAUGUAAAACCGAAAA